AUGUGUGCCAUGACCGACCCCUCGCAGAGGUUCGGCACGACCGAGGCACAGAGCACGUGGAUCAACAAGUAUGACGCCGCCCCGAGGGUCGAGAAUAUGAACGGCGUGCUGCACGUGGGGAAGGUCUUCACCGAGUACAUGCCGGUGCGCUCCACGACGCACAUGCCACUCCGGCCCCAGCUGACGUCGAGGGUGGAGUUUCAUUGGAAGCAGGCCGAGGAUUUCGAGAUCAACAGGUCGCUCGUGCGGGACACUGCCGCGGCCAACCAGUCGGGCAGGUCCAAGCUGCCAGACGUGCUGCCCAUGGCGCGCUCGUCGCACUCGGAGACGUUCCGGGCGCUCGCGUCCCAGCAGACCGUCGGCGCCAAGCGCGAGUCGUGCAAGCCGAGCCAAGCGACCAUCGGGACGGUUGUGGGGCCUGGGGACAGCCUGGGCUGGAUCUCGGCCGCGCACCGAUCCAGCGCGGCCUCCCAAGCCGCGUUCCGCAGGGGCGCGUCCUACUCCGGCCAGCCGCACCGCCCGCCCUCCAUGCUCGGGGUGCCCCUGGACCACCCGCCCGACGCGUUCAAGUCGUCCAGCAGGGCGGACUUCGGCUCGCCCUUCGGCAGUGCCUCCGACAGAGCCAAGGGCCUCCUGAAGUCCAGCAGCCAGCCCUCGGGCUUCUUCCGCGGGGACCUCCCACCCACCCCUCGCGUACGAUAUAGCUCGGGAUUCGCGCCCACGCAGCGCCGGCUAUUUUCUGGCGAGCUUGCCAUUCGGACAUGA